AUCUCAAAACAUGUCAUCACACUUCCACUUUCUGUUCAUGGUACGAGGCCUUGGUCCUUUAUAAGAUAGCCCAUGAUCUAUCACGUCGGUUUGUCAAGUCCCUCAGCCCAAGCAUCACACUCAAUUAUCAUUCCAAUUUAACAAAUACAUGAAUCGCCCAUGUCAAUUUUACAAACAUAUGAUCUGCGUGCGACAACUCCGUCUCGUCUUUCCCCUUUCCCAUUCAGUAUAUAAAUAGUCAGUCAGUCAGUCAGUAAAUAAAUAAAAAGCCUAAUAAACCAUCUGUCUGUCCCCAUAGAAGUUUCUAUCUCAAACCCUUUUUGCCGACUUCAAAACAAUCGAAAAUCACUUUGGUUUUUUUAUGUGUUGGGGAAAAAAUGGGGAAUUGGAAUAGAAGAUGGAUACCGAGAAAAAAAUACAAGUACCAAGAUUUUCCACCUUCUCCUCCUCACCAUUACAAUCAAUUUUAUUCUCAUGCUAUCCAGGAAAAUAGUGUCCCAUCAUGGGAAAUAGAUUUUUGCAGAGCAGCUGGGAUUCCUUGGCACAAGGUUCUGAAUGCAAAAACAUACAUGCACUGUUAUGAUAAUGUGGUUAAGUGGGACGACUCUGCUGGUGAAGAAGCACUCAACAAUGCAAAAAAGAGAUAUUGGGCGGAGAUAAGUGGUCUUCCCCCUCAGAGUCCUCCUCCAAAUCCAGAUGUGUAUAUUGAUAAAGUUGAUUGGGACCCAACUAUCGAUCCGGAGCUGAUAUUAGAUUUGGACAGAGAAUACUUUAACCCUGAAGCUGCAAACACUGUCAAAUCUGAGAACAACUUAGUUUCUGGCAUCCUGAUAUGGGAGGAUAAAGCUGCUGAUAAUGGUGAAAAUCCUUGGGAAAGUGGUAAUGUGCAGGACUCUAAAACUGGUGAUAAUGAUGAAAAUCCUUGGGAAAGCGGUAAUUUGCAAGGCUCUAAAACUGGUGAUAGUGGUGAAAAUCCUUGGGAAAGUGGUAAUGCGAAGGGCUCUAAAGCUUUUGAGGAUGUGGAGCAGACUUGGAAUGAAUGGGAUAACCCUGUAAACAUCAAAGACAAUGAUCCAUGGGAAAGGAAUUGCCCUAAAACCCAGGGGACCUUGAAGGACACUGCCUGGGGAGGCUGUGCAAAUGAGUCAUGGGGUUGGAGCACAGGGUGGAAAUAUGAGAAUGAUGCUUGUGCUGAUAACAAUUUGUGGUAUCAAGGAAGUGAAAAUGUUUCUGGUGCUAAAGGAAACGAAUGGGUUAAUAAUAGAACUGGUUCCUGGGGUCGAAACCGUUGGAAUACUAGGGGGCAUGAGCAGUGGAAUUCAGACUAUGGCUCUCAGUGGAAUAGGAACCUUCGUCGAGGUGGUGGAACAACCUCAAAAGACAGAAGAUGGGGAGAAUCUGAGUACACAUCUUGGGAUUGGCAGCGACAACCAAGGCAAAGUAAUGAGAGGAAUGUGGAUUUUGGAAGACCUAGAAGAGGUGAUAAAACCUUUUAUACUGGUUCGCGCAAGAGGGAAGGUUCUUCGCAACAUAUGUUGAGUUAUAAAAGCUCAAGGUUUCAAGGUGACGAGCAGAGGACUGCGUAUAAUUGGAGAGAUGAAAAACCACAGAAAAGGGUUACUUUUAGCAUUUAUGACUAGUUGACCAACGUCUUACAUUACCUUUUUCAAUGAAUAGUUGACCCACUUCUGGGGAUCUUUUUGUAUGUUAUUUAACAUCAUUGGGUGUUACCGAGCUCAAUGGUGGAGCAGUUGCAACCAUGAUCUUGCAGGGGGAUGGUAGAGAAGAAUAGCAGGUUGUAAAAGGCAGCUCUCUCGUGCCUAUGAAUCCAGAGAAAUAGGAGGAUGCUUUAUUGCAUCAGGCAGAAUAUUUGUAACAUAAAGCUCUUUUUCUAGUUCAUUUAUAUCUUUUGCUUAAAUAGAAAAUAUCCUGCUGGCUGGAUACUUGGUUAGGUUUGUAGAUGAAUGAUAAAUGCAUGUUGUUAAGCCGUGUA